ACAAUCUCUCUCUCUCUCUCAAAAAAAAAAAAAAAAGAUAUGAAGAUUUCCAGACACUCUCAUGCCUUCAACUUCCUUCUGGUUCUCCUCGUAUUCACUUCAGGUUUCGCAAAACAUGGUUUCAAUGGUGGAAGGCGGUUGUCAACUAGCUGUAAAAGGUGGAGGCUGUCCCGAAGUGAAUCGGUGCGUCGAAACAUGCCGCCCUUGCUACCGCGGCGUCGGGCAGAUCACAGCCUUCUGCCGCUCUGCUGGUGGCGGGAUUCCGUUCGACGAAUGCGUCUGUUACUUCUCCCAUGGCGCACCUUGUAACCUACCGGCUCCGCCGCAGUGUCCGGCUCAUCCUACUAAUAAUAAUAUGACUCUUGCGUAAAUUUAUGAUAAUUGCGUCAACAUAAUGAUACUUUUUUUUUUUAAUUUUAUCUUGUGUGUGUAUUUUUAUUAUU